GAACAAGCAAUGCACAGCUUCCUGCUAGAUGGGCAUCUCUGCUGAAGCUCCCUGAACUACAGAACAAAAACACCUGGCAGAAAGGUUUCCUUGGAGUGACCCCUCUGCACAACAAUGCUACCAUCUUGGUUUUUGUUUUUGGAGAAUGGUCCAACAUGGAGAUUAUUGGCCAUCCUAGAGGAGUGGGACAAAGCAUCCGGCCAACACACAGACAACACUAAGCAGUACUGUAUGGUUUUGUUCAUCAAGUUUGGACUGGAAAUAGCAGUGUUUUAUGCAUGCAACCCCAAAAAGUAUAAAUACUUCCUGAGCAUCUUCGGCCUGUCAAUUGUCCUGGCUGAUUUUCUUCUUGCAUGUUUAAUGGGAGCUGCCUUGGUCCUUGGAGCUGAGAAGUCUUUAGCCUCACCCUGCUUCCUCUUGGCCAGUGCCUCAACAGCAUAUGGAGCUCUGCCACUCCCCAUUAUGCUCCUGGGCUUUGUGGACUACUGCCUAGACGACAUAUUAAUGUGCAACCAUUCAGUAUUCUGGAAAACACUCAGGAAUGCCAUCCUGACACUGCUGGUUUGGGUAGUUGCUGUUAAUUACUCCCUUCAUUCCAGUUAUGUUGGUCCUGUGGAACUGGAACCUAUAGCGGGGAAGGUGCUUGUCUGUGAAGUGACAGAGUCAACAAUAAUUUCAGCCUUCGUUUUGGGACUUUUCAUUGUGAGCCUUCUGACAUUGGUGCCACUUUGGUCCAGAAUUCCCCAGUGGGUACGAGAAAUCGACAGGUUGCUAGAAGCUCAGGAGCAGCAGAAGAAUACAGGAAGAAAACUGUGCUUUACUUCAAUCUGGAAUCCAAACCCAGUUACAAAAACCGGACUGGAUGAAGAUCUGAAGAUCAGUUCGAUGAGGCCUCCACUGUGGUUCAGCAUGAUGCUUGGCUUUUUAUUGUUCUGGAUGCCAUAUCUUCUAAUGUCUGUUGCCUGUAUGAUCUUUGGUUUUGGACUACCCGCAUACCUCGGAUUCAACCUUCUGUGGUUUGAGUGCUCCAACAGCCUCCUGGUGGGUUUGGUGUUCUGGGCAAAGAGCAACACAAAGGGGCCUUACAGCAAUUUGCCAGAGAACGUUUGUUUAUGGCAGGUCUGCUGGAGUUUGAGCAGAGAUAUACAAAGAUCUCUUGUACGUGUUCCUGAGGUAAAUCCAUCACAAGAAAAGAAAAAUAUUUCCCUUAAUGUGUAAACACCAAGGAAUAAAGACCUAGCAAUGUAGAUUAAAUAAAAUAAAAAAAACUGGCAGAAGAACUGGACAGUUUUGAAUUUGUAGUUCAUGCUCCAAGCUACUAAUAGUUGUAUGUUACUAAAGUUGGACCCAAGAGGAAAGAUACUUUAGCUUUAACUGGACUAUAAUGUACAGUACUCCAAAGCUACAUUUGCAGGAAGUAAAUGAGCAAAACAGAGCAAAGCCCCUAAUUUGCAUUAAUCUUUUGAUUGUCUGAACUUUGCAUAGCCCUGCUAAAAUGAAUUUGGACUUUUAUUUGACAUAUUUCUACAAGUAUAAGGUCUGAGUAGGGUUUCUAUGAUGCUUAUGUUAAUUUGUGCUAUUCAGAGUAUAGAUAUACCAUUUUGUCAGCAUAGGGCUUUUCAGGUCUUCUGUUUG